AUGGCCUCGGGAGUAGGCGCGGCCUUCGAGGAGCUGCCUCCCGACGGCACGUGUGACGAGUGCGAGCCCGACGAGGCUCCAGGGGCCGAGGAAGUGUGUCGAGAAUGCGGCUUCUGCUACUGUCGCCGGCACGCCGAUGCACACAGGCAGAAGUUCCUCAGUCACCACCUGGCGGAGUACAUCCAUGGCGCCGGCGCUUGGAUCCUCGGAGGCAAGGGGAAGCCCGAGGGCCAAGACAAAGUUGAAGCUAAGGUGGAGAUCGGGACGGAGGUAGACAGCGAAGCCGGGGACGAGAGUGAGUCGGAGGAGGAGAGUGAAUCAGACGAGAGCGAGACGGAGGAAGACAGUGAAGAUGAGAGCGAGGAAGAGAGUGAAGAAGACAGCGAGGAAGAAAUGGAGGAUGAGCAAGAAAGCGAGGUAGAGGAAGACAACCAGGACGAAGGAGAGUCUGAGGCCGAAGGAGAAACCGAGGCAGAGAGUGAAUUCGACCCAGAAAUAGAAAUGGAAGCAGAGAGGGUGGCCAAGAGAAAGUGUCCGGACCACGGGCUGGAUUUGAGCACCUAUUGCCAGGAGGAUAGGCAGCUCAUCUGUGUCCUGUGUCCAGUCAUUGGGGCUCAUCAGGGCCACCAGCUCUCCACCCUCGACGAAGCCUUCGAGGAACUAAGAAGCAAAGACCCAGGCGGACUGAAAGCAGCUCUGAUCGAGUUGGUGGAAAGGUUAAAAUUCAAGAGCUCAGACCCUAAAGUAACUCGGGACCAAAUGAAGGUGUUUAUACAGCAGGAAUUUAAGAAAGUUCAGAAGGUGAUUGCUGAUGAGGAACAGAAGGCUCUUCAUCUAGUGGACAUUCAGGAAGCCAUGGCCACAGCUCAUGUGACUGAGAUUUUGGCAGACAUCCAGUCCCACAUGGAUAGGUUGAUGACUCAAAUGGCCCAAGCUAAGGACCAACUUGAUACCUCUAAUGAAUCAGCUGAGCCAAAGGCAGAGGUAAUGGAGAAUGCCCACAAUUAUUAG